AUGAAACGUGGUCUCAAUGCCAUCAGGGGAUUAACAAGUGGAGGCAAAUCUUCGUUGUUGGAUGUCUUAGCUGCAAGGAAAGAUCCACGUGGAUUAUCUGGAGAAGUUUUGGUAAAUGGAGCCCCUCGACCAGCCAAUUUCCCACAUCAUUCAGGUUAUGUGGCACAAAGCAAUCCUGUGAUGGACACCCUGAUGGUGAGAGAAAACUUACAGUUUUCAGCGGCUCUUCAGCUUCCAACUAUGACGAAUAAUGAAAGAAAGGAACAGGUUAACAAGGUCAUUCAAGAGUUAGGCCUGAGAACAGUGGCUGAUUCUAAGAUUAUAUGUUGUGRAGCAAGAAAAAGGACCUGUAUAGCAAUGGAGCUGAUUAGUGAUCCUUCCAUCUUGUUCUUGGAUGAACCCACAACUGGUUUAUACUCAAGCAUAGCAAUUUCUGUCCUUUCAUUCCUGAAAAGCAUUUCUAAGCAGGGAAGAACAAUCAUCUUCACCAUUCAUCAGCCUCGCUAUUCCAUUUUCAAGCUGUUUGACAGCCUCACCUUAUUGGCCUCAGGAAAACUAAUGUACCAUGGUCCUGCACAGGAGGCUUUGGAGUACUUCAAAUUAGCAGGCUACCAGUGUGAGCCCUACAACAACCCUGGAUACUUCUUUGUGGAUGUGCUUAAGAGAGACUUCUCUGCUGUGGUAUUAAAUAGAAAGGAAGAAGACAGUGAAGCUAACGGGGUCAAACAGAUUUCCAAGAGAGAAAAGCCAGUCGUAGACACAUUAGCUGAAUUUUAUACCAACUCCUCCUUCUACAGAAACACAAAAGCUAUAUUACAGGAGCUCUCAGAUGGACAGAAGAGGAGCUCAGGCUUUAAGGAGAUCACUCACGUCACCUCCUUCUGCUAUCAGUUCAGAUGGAUUCUCUGGCGUGCAUCCAAAAACCUUCUAGGUUUCCCCAGGGUCACUAUUCCUCAGGUAACCUACCAGACUCUUGUGCUCUUUUAUACUAAUGUGGGAACAAUUUGGUUCUGA